ACCCCCCUCACUCGCUGUGCGUACACGGCCCUGCCAGCACCCCCGCCGCCCCCCUUAUGGUGGUAGCGCCCACGCUUCUCUGCCCGCCCAGUCUCCCCGCUCUGCCACUCAGCUCCUCCCUCUGUGACGCGCUUCUCACACAGUGGCGCUCAAUUACUGAACUGUGACAGGAGCAGUGGGGAACCCAGGGAGGUGUGGCAACCCGGAACCGGAAAAAGCAAGGAAGAGGAGGGUCUGAGAGAGCGAAAGAAGGGGCCCAGUGGAGAGGGAGCCGGCGGAGGGGAACAAGUCACAACACCUCAUUCACACACCCGAUCGGACUUUUCUGCAAGAAUCAUGUCUGAUAACGGGGAGCUUGAAGAUAAGCCGCCAGCUCCUCCAGCUCGGAUUAGCAGCACAGGGACAAAAGAUCCUCUGACCAGCAACCACAGUCAUAAACCUUUACCUUUAAUCCCUGAAAAACCCAGGAAUAAAAUUAUUUCAAUGUUUUCUGGCACAGAAAAAGGAAGCAGAAAAAAAGAAAGGGAAAGGCCAGAGAUUUCACCACCGUCAGAUUUUGAGCACACUAUUCAUGUGGGCUUUGAUGCUGUCACUGGAGAAUUCACUGGAAUGCCAGAGCAAUGGGCACGGUUACUGCAGACCUCAAACAUUACUAAACUCGAACAGAAGAAAAAUCCACAAGCUGUCCUGGAUGUUUUAAAGUUUUAUGACUCCAAACACACAGACAAGCAGAAAUAUCUAAGCUUCUCUGCACCAGAUAAAGAUGGGCUUCCCUCUGGUGUUUCCUCUGCACCUAAUGCAAAAGGCUCUGAACCUUCAACAGCAGCAACAGAUGAUGAUAGCGAUGAUGAUAAGGCUCCUCCUCCUGUUAUUGCUCCAAGGCCAGAACACACCAAAUCAAUGUAUACACGGUCUGUAAUUGACCCAAUACCUCCACCCCCUGGAGAUUCAGACAGUGCUGCAAAGGCUGGAGACCGGCAGAAAAAGAAAACAAAGAUGAGCGAUGAAGAGAUUAUGGAAAAACUUAGAACUAUAGUAAGCAUAGGAGACCCCAAGAAAAAAUAUACUAGAUAUGAAAAAAUUGGACAAGGGGCCUCUGGAACUGUAUUUACUGCUAUUGAUGUAGCUACCGGACAGGAGGUUGCAAUCAAACAGAUAAAUCUUCAGAAGCAGCCCAAGAAAGAACUGAUAAUCAAUGAGAUUCUAGUGAUGAAAGAAUUGAAGAACCCCAAUAUAGUAAAUUUCCUGGACAGUUUCUUGGUGAGUGACGAGCUGUAUGUUGUAAUGGAGUAUUUGGCUGGAGGAUCCCUUACAGACGUAGUCACAGAAACCUGUAUGGAUGAGGCACAGAUAGCAGCUGUCUGCAGAGAGUGUCUGCAAGCUUUGGAAUUCCUACAUGCGAACCAGGUCAUUCACAGAGACAUAAAGAGUGACAAUGUUCUCCUUGGAAUGGAUGGUUCUGUCAAACUGACCGACUUUGGCUUCUGUGCACAAAUUACCCCAGAACAGAGCAAGCGAAGCACCAUGGUGGGAACACCAUACUGGAUGGCACCAGAAGUGGUUACAAGGAAAGCAUAUGGCCCCAAGGUGGAUAUCUGGUCACUUGGAAUUAUGGCUAUUGAAAUGGUGGAAGGGGAACCACCUUAUCUCAACGAAAAUCCUUUAAGGGCUUUGUAUUUGAUUGCUACUAAUGGAACUCCGGAACUUCAGAAACCUGAAAAACUUUCACCGAUAUUCCGGGAUUUCUUAAACCGCUCACUUGAGAUGGAUGUAGAAAAGAGAGGGUCCGCUAGAGAGCUCUUACAGCACCCAUUCCUGAAACUCGCAAAACCACUGUCCAGCCUCACACCGCUAAUCCUGGCUGCCAAAGAAGCGAUGAAGGGAAACCGCUAACAUCAACCUUUUGAUGCUUUGCCUUACGUCUCAUUCACCUUACUUCAUAACCUCCUUUGUAUUCUACAAGUGCCACUGAUGACCAACUUGUGUCGAGGGACAAAGAGCAUCCUGUACAGACAAAACUAAGAAAUACUUAUGACUGUACGUCUGGAAUAACCAUGCAGAACACAGAACUCCUGCUGUGCUGUGUGCCUUUUCCUUUUUAGGAAGAACAACAGUUUUUUUGUGGCCAUUCUUGAUCCCUGUUUUCCAGGGUUUUGACUGUUUGUUUAAUGGGAAUUCACAUUGUUUUUUAGGUCUUCUUUCUGUGCUCUGAGGGCAGAAUUUCUGUUUCCUGGCCUUCUCUUGAUACUUGAAUAACUUGCACGCCAAUAGAAGAGCAAUUAGUCUUUUGGGUCUGUGCUGGCUCCUCAGAUUUCACUUUUUUUUCAUGUGCCUGGAUCUGUUUGUUUAAUACAGGGAAGAAAUGUGCACAUCUGUUUGAAUUCCUUGUGCAGAGGCACAGGCAACUGCCUUGUGUCGCCAUGUGCUAUACCUUAUCAAUUUUUAUUUUUACUGUUGGGGCUAGCAACACAAUGAUAAUGCUGACCCUUUCAGUAAGGGUAGAAUCACUUUUGUUAGAAGCCUCUUCCUCCUGUUUUCUUUUCUUUUUGUAUUCUUUGCUAGAGAAAGGGUUAAAAUAACGGUAGAGACGCUGGCUGCAGUUUCAUGGGACAUUACUGGUGUUUUGUAUUUUUGUUCUUUUGUACUGAGGUGAAUUGUGUUCCUUCGUUAUGGACGGCUCAUUAAGUGCUCUUAACAGUCAGUAAAAACUGCACUAACUAUUCCUAAAACAAAAGAUUUGCAUUUUUUUACACCCAUGUGUUUGUGGUUGGAAGGGAAGUAGUGCCAAAGCUAGAAUGCUAUUUUGUAGUUUUGUGCAGUUGUUCUAAUUCGUGAUUGCCUACUAAAGUGCUAAAUCAAAGUGUUCCUUUUUUCUAUAAAGUAUUGUGAAGACAAAAGUGCCUUCAACAACAUCCGAUCUGUCUGAGCCUUGAUUGCCACUGUUAUUAACUGUUAUGAAUUUGUGUAUACAUCUAAGAAUCCACAAAAACAGUACUAAAAAUUAAUAUUGGGUUGCCUGGAGAUAAGCCUACCCUGCCAAGUCACUAGCUCAACCUUUUACUCUAAAUAGAUCUCACCAAAGCUUGCCUUCUCUACAGAAACGGAUCAGUAGUGCCAUUUCUCGCCAUCAUUAUGCUCCAGUCUAUCUCAUACUUUUUGAAAGUAAGUAAUUCCUGAUUCCUUGGUAUUAUUAUGAUUGUGGUGUUUCCACUUCUUUGAAAAUACUGUUUGUCUCCUGUUAGUAAAGAGAGUUUAAGAUUAAACCUGUGUUAAUACAAAUGGUUUAAUCUAUAUUAGAUGUAAGUCUAUAAUGCUCACAUUCAUGUUUUUUUAGAGACAGAUCUAAGGUGAUAGCCUAGGAAAUAUGUGGCUUAGGAAAGUUAAAUGUGGCUGCCAGCAGUUGGUGUGCAGGAGCUAUGCGCUCGCAGAACAAAAGAGACGAUAGCUUUCUAUCUCCUGGUGCUAAGGUGCUGAACCGCCCAUAGAGAUUAUUCACCCACUUUGUGUAUUUUUUAUUUUCUACUUAAAUACGAGUUAUGUGCGUUUUAAGCAGAAUAAAACUAUGCAACUUAGAUUAGAGUUCCACCGUCCCAUCUUUUGUGCCAAUAGAGAGGCCGAUCCACCAGCAGCAGCAGCUCCGCUCUGGGGUCAGAAUUGCAUUCAUUUCACUUUCUUUCCUGCUGCUAAACAGUGCCAUUUUCUAUUGCUUUUUAGUGUGACAGAACCAGUCUUACUGUACGUCGGAGUCAUUUCAUAGUCAUGUCUUAUUUCUUUUACUGUGUACUGAAAGCAUUGGGGGUUGUCUGAUGAACUUGAAGUGCAUAUCUGGUUUUUUUUUUGUUUUUUUUUACAAGCAGUGUUGUCUCAGAUUGUGUCCUGAUAUUUCUUUAUGUGCUUAAAACCAAUUUUUACAGAUAGCCAGUACCUGCAUACACAUCUGUAGGGAAUCAUACUCUUCAGAUAUCCCUUAUUUAUGAUGCCUUUGGUUUUUAAAGGGAAGUUCUUUUUAUUUUGCUGUGUUGUAGAUGCUAUUAGUCUAAGUGGGCUUCAUUUUUUUGUUUUGUAAUUGCUUUUCUGUAUUGCCUCUCUACAAAGUUAAACUCAAAAUACACUAGCUAGGGACAGUGGCCCUGGAAACUCCAAUAGGUGGCGAUGCUGGAUUUCCAAGUAACUGUAUUUACGGCUUGUCCUUAUAUUUCAGCAUAUCCUAGCUCUUUCUUUAUUCAUGAAUUUAAUAGGUUGUUCACCUUGAAAUUUACUUUUAGUAUAAUAUAGAUCUUGAUAUUCUGACAAUUUGCAGUUGGUCUUCAAUUUUUAAUUUCUGUUGAUUUUGAGUCCAAUUUGGAAUUUCAGCAGGUGUCCGGUUGAAAGGGUAGAAUUUUAACCAGGCAGUGGUUUAAGUGAGAGACUGGAAUAUGAAUAGGAGGGGGACUGAAGAGAAAGAUAAAUAAUAACAAACAGUUGUAGCCUUACAGAGACAUAGUUUUUGGCUGCUGGCGUCAGUGACCCCCAUCUGACAGUUGAAAAGAGGAAGAUGUUAAAAACAAAUAACUUAAAAACUAUAAGAAAUAAAAAAAUAUGGGCCAAUUGAAAAGUUGCUAAGAAUCAGCUAUUCUACAACAUUAAAGUUAAUUUAGGUUAAUUUAAGCUAAUGCCUCAUUGUUAGUGUUACUGGGAAUUGCAGAGAAAGAGUCAUUUAAACUCCAAGUUAGAGAAGCACAGAAUAAAAAAAAUGAAGGCAUCUGCAAUCUGUCUUAGAAUGCCACUUUUUAUAUACUAAAAGUUAAUUAAAAGGUGAAGUUGCCCUUUAAACUUGCAAAAGCUGAAGGAAAAUCCAGCUUGAAUAGUUUCUGUAAGCAAAGCCCAGUGAAAGUCAUGUGUAGGGCACACAGGGCAUAGCCUUGGAGAAGAGCCCGACUGUCAUUUGCUUAAAUAGAAUCUGCUUAUUCCAGGUGGACUCCAUUUAAGAAAACAACAGAACACAGGUCGCUCCUUGAGGUACUUGCCCAGUUAGCCAGGGGCCAAACAGAGGAAUACUGUACAAGUGGCCAUACACAUGUAGCCAUUCUUCUCUCGUUUGGGUAGACCACCUGAAUGACUGGGAAUCUUUACUUCUUUAUGCUAAAGUUUAAACUUUUGCAGUCAGGUUAAAUAAUCAUCAAUCCGCCAUCAAAAUGGCCACGUGGCUAGCUUGUUCGGCCAGUAUGGUUGGAAUUGGCUUUGUUGUAACUGACUUGUAGCCCACAAAGUGUUCAGGCUAAUGCCAGAUGAGGCGUAGGGCGGAUUUUUUCAGCAAGUGGAAAAGCGCUUGCUGAAAAUACCGUCCUGCGCCUCCUACCUGUGCCUGCACCGGAAUGAAUGAGAUACGCUCGGGUGCAGGCACAUGUAGCCAAUAUACGCAUGAAAACAUGAGACUUUGCAUUAUCUCGCGUUUUUAUGCGUAUAUCGGGUACAUGUGCCUGCACCCGAGCGUAUCGCAUUCAUUCCGGUGCAGGCACAGGUAGGAGGCGCAGGACGGUAUUUUCAGCAAGUGCUUUUCCACUUGUCGAAAAUAUUCGCCCUACAACUCGUCUGGCAGUAGCCUUAUGUCCUGACAGCAGCGCUAAGGGUAGCCAUACAUGCCCAGAUUUGGUCAGGCAGACAGCUUUGUUCCAUAGUGAAUCGCAUACUUUUGCUUACACAAAUACAGGUGCCCGCAAUUAAUUUUAUACUUCUUGUAGUUUCAGAGAUGAAAUACUGUAACUCUAGCCCUAGGGAACAAUCAUCUCUGCAGUAGGGGGUGACAAAUGGGGGGUGGCAGCUCCUCUGUUCCCCAUCAAUAUGGGAGCCCUGCACUGGAUAGCUUGCCCCGUGCCCCUAAAGGACUGCCCUAGGAUCUUAGCUGGCAUUGCUGUACCCAUUACAUCGGUUUCCUAAGCAUGGCAUUUUGUUUAUUUACGAUGCAGCCAUUCAUUUCAAUUACAUUACACUAAAAUUA